UCCAAUCUCAAACCAAUAUAACUCAAUAUAACUCAACCACAACCAAAUGGAAGAUCAUCAUCAAGCCCUCGCCCUUCACAACGAUCAUCCAGAGCCAACUUACCGCGGGGUUCGCAGGCGCAAAUGGGGCAAAUGGGUGUCGGAAAUUCGGCAGCCAGGGACCAAAACAAGAAUAUGGCUCGGCAGCUAUGAGACACCGGAAAUGGCGGCUGCAGCCUACGACGUUGCAGCAUUGCACCUAAGAGGACGCGCGGCGCACCUCAACUUUCCCGAACUGGCGGAGAGCCUCCCUAGGCCAGCGAGUUCCACCUCUGAAGACGUUCAAAUAGCGGCUCAGCAGGCUGCUUUGAGGUUCAGAAGAUCACCGAAUGGUGGAGGCGAAAGUGUAAGUAAAGUUGAAAGUAAUUUAGGACCAGUAAGAGUUGGAUUGUCGCCGAGUCAGAUACAGGCCAUCAAUGAGUCGCCAUUGGAUUCGCCGAAGAUGUGGAUGGAGUUGGGAGCAGGAACAUUUUUCUUGGGUGAGCAAAUGGAUGGGGGGUUUUGUGAAAAUUUUCAAAGUUUUAGUAGUGAAUGGGCAGAUGAUGAAGAUAUGCAGCUUGUUCAGUCUAUAUGGGAUUAUUAAUUCAUUAAUUAAUUAAUCAUAAGUCAUAACAUUUACGUGAAAAUAUAUUAAU